AUGCAAGCAAUGUUAGCGCAUAAAAUUUAUUUUAUUUAUUGUAGUAGAAGUGUAUGCUAUUUACUACAAAGACAAAGUAAUAUUAAGUACAGAAAACAUGUAGUAAAGUAUAGUCAGGUAGCAACUAGAAACAUUCAAAAUAUACCACACGUACCAGUUAUGGCCAAAGAAGUAGUUCAAUAUUUAGAGCCGUCACCAGGAAAAGUUUUUGUGGACAUGACAUUUGGUGCCGGUGGACAUUCUACCAAAAUUUUGGAAUCUUCUUCUAAUGUGAAAAUAUUUGCAUUGGAUAGAGACCCUGUCGCGUAUGAGUUUUCACAAGAAUUGUCAAAAAAGUAUCCUGGACAAGUAAUUCCAUUGUUAGGUAGAUUUUCUGAAUUACCACAAUUGUUGUGCGAACAUAAAGUAGAAAGGAAUAGUGUCGAUGGAUUUUUAUUUGAUUUUGGAUGUUCAUCAAUGCAAUAUGAAAUUGCCCAAAGAGGAUUUUCUGUAUCAAAGAAUGGACCGUUGGAUAUGCGAAUGGAUGGAUUUAGAUGUCCAGAAGAACCGACCGUGGCUGAUGUUUUAGAAAAAAUAUCUGAAAUAGAUUUAAUUCAUAUCUUGAGAAUUUAUGGUGAAGAGAAGCAAUGUAAAAAGAUUGCACGUGCUAUUAUCGAUGCUCGAUUCUCUUUUAGAAGUUUAAAAACUACCGAAGAAUUAGCUAAACUUGUUGAGUCUGUGGUUCAUGGCAGAAGAACUGAUAAACUUGGUAGAGUAACUCAUUCCGCUACAAAAACAUUUCAAGCACUCAGAAUUUUUGUAAAUAAUGAAUUAAAUGAAAUUAAUUAUGGUAUUAUUCUUGCUGGAUCAUAUUUGAAAAUGAAUGGACGUUUAGUAACAAUAUCCUUCCAUUCGUUAGAAGAUACAAUAGUCAAACGGCAUAUUUCUGGAAAUUUAACAGAGAAUGUAGCUAAUAAAUUGCCAUUAAAGUAUGCUAGUUAUGGUAAAUUUUAUAAUGAAAUUGAAAUGCAAAACUCUAUAAAAAUAAUAUGGAAAAUGUUGCAUAAACAUGUAAUAACGCCCAUGCCUGAAGAGGUAGAAAAAAAUCCAAAAUCACGUUCUGCAAAGUUGCGGGCUAUUGGCAAAAUACCUUCAGAUUGCGUUUCUUCGUAA